UGUCUCAAAACUGGUUCUCUCUCUCUCUCAUCGUCCUUUCAAUGAAAGCGGCAUUAGGCAACUUUUUCCGAAAUGGACGCAAGCCAGAAGGUAGCCUUAAACAAUUGCUCUACUGACGCUGCUGAAUCCGCUACAAAGCCUGAAAAGAAGAACGAGAAAACUCGACGCAGUGGGCAUGACAAAGUGAACGAAGGAAAAGUCCGAAAGAUGCGAUUGGUUACAGGAAAUUUGAGAAUAAAUGAAGCGCGCGAUGAUGCAGCUGGGCUGAGUAUUUCCGAACGAAAAUGAAAUCAGAGAGAGGUUAAAUGAAUGAGAUGAAUUCUGCGAACAGAAUCUUACUGCUC